AUGGGCAGAUCAUCGGAGCCAAAAACUGGGUCAGAAACAGAGAUUUUUUCUUCUCCAUCUCGCUAUGCAAUUCUAAGUCUAGCGAAUGAGGGAGCCCAAGAGUCAGAAAAGCAGACUGAGGAGAAUGCUGUGAUUGACGAGAUAGAGGAGAUAGAGGAGGGAGAAUGUCAGAAAGAACCAUUCACUGAAUCUGAUCCAGUGGCAUCUCAAAACAUUGGAACAAGGAUGAGGACCUCUCUCCCUCGAGCCUCUAAAACCUCUCACAGACAGUGGAUAGAUUCAGCUUCGAUGCAAUUUGGUUGUCUGCUGCUUGAGACGAGAGUCAAGGAAAAUGGAGAAGAACAUUCAAAUUACUCAGUUUCCCCGACGAUUCCAGUGGAAAUGAAGGAUUUUCAAGACACAGUGAGAGACUGCUCUGUUUUUGAUUUGGGUUACCAUGACCCUCUCUUUACGUGGGCAAAUAAGAGAAGCAAAGGACUUGUAUGCAAGAAGCUUGAUAGAGAUUUGUUCUUAACGGUGGUUGGUGGAUUCUGGGAAACUACUACUCCAUUAUAUGUCUCCACAUCGGCAAUGCAUCGGUUUUCUAAGAAGUUAAAAGCUCUAAAACCCCUUCUGCGAGCUCUAGGUAAGGAAAAAUUGGGAGAUUUACCGAAACGGACUCGCGAGGCAUAUGAUGAUCUGUGUAUCAAGCAGACUCAAACUCUGCAAAAUCCAGAUCCAGAAACUAUGGAAGAGGAGAAUCAGGCGUAUGAAAAGUGGGAUUUUCUAGCUGGGUUAGAGGAAAGUUUUCGGAAACAGCAAUCUAAGUUGCACUGGUUGAAUGUGGGAGAUGGAAACACUAAAGCUUUUCCCCGAGCUGCCCAAGUUCGGAAAAUGCAGAAUACCAUUCGUGAAAUCAGAAAGCCAGAUGGAGAAACAGUCACAGACGGAGAUGAGAUCAAACAGGAAGCAGAAAGGUUUUUUAAGGACUUUCUCUCACAUGAGCCCGAUGAUUUUCAUGGAAUGGAGACAGAGGAGAUUGGGAAUUUGCUGGAUUUCCGGUGUGAUGAAGAGGAUACCAGUUUGCUUGAAAGGGAAGUAACAGCUGAGGAGAUUAAAAAGACGUUGUUUUCAAUGCCGACUGAAAAAUCCCCUGGUCCCGACGGUUUCACCAGUGAGUUUUUCAAAGCGGCCUGGUCAAUUGUAGGAGAUGGUUUUAUUGCUGCGAUCAGUUCCUUCUUCGUAAAAGGUUUCCUCCCUAAAGGGCUCAAUGCAACGAUAUUAGCUCUUAUCCCCAAGAAAGAGGCGGCUCUUGAGAUGCGAGACUAUAGGCCGAUUUCGUAUUGUAAUGUACUUUACAAGGUUAUUUCAAAGAUUGUGGCAAAUUGCCUGAAGAUCGUUUUGCCGAAAUUCAUCUCGCAAAACCAGUCUGCAUAUGUAAAAAAUCGGCUUCUUAUGGAAAAUGUCUUAUUAGCAGCAGAGCUAGUAAAACAUUACCAUAAGACUUCUCUAUCAUCCAGAUAUGCAAUGAAGAUUGAUAUCUCUAAAGCAUUUGACUCAGUUCAAUGGCCUUUUCUUAUCAAUGUUUUAACCGCCCUGGACUUUCCAGAAAAGUUUAUUCAUUGGAUCCGACUAUGUGUAACCACUGCGUCCUUUUCGGUUCAGGUCAAUGGGGAAUUGGCUGGGUUUUUUCAGAGUAAACGAGGCCUCCGGCAAGGCUGCUCGCUUUCACCAUAUCUUUUCGUCAUCUGCAUGGACGUACUCUCAAAAAUGAUAGAUAAAGCUGCGAUUGAUAAACAAAUUGGAUAUCAUCCAGGAUGCAAAAAUCUAGGGCUGACUCACCUUUGUUUUGCAGAUGAUCUGAUGAUAUUUGUGGAUGGAAAAAAGCGAUCUAUCGAGAAUACUAUCAGACUUUUUGAUGAUUUUGAAAAACGAUCUGGGCUUCAAAUCAGCCUGGAAAAGUCUACCUUGUACCUUGCCGGUGUGUCUGAUCAGAGCAGGGACUCUAUUCUCGAAACUUUCCCGUUUGGUAUGGGCCAACUCCCAAUCCGGUACUUGGGGUUACCUCUCCUAACGAAGAAGAUGGCAAAGAUCGAUUACGAGCCAUUGUCGAAGAAAAUUAGAGGAAAGAUUAGCUCAUGGAUAGCUCGCUCUCUCUCAUUCGCGGGGCGUCUACAGUUGAUACGAUCUGUUCUUAUGAGUAUAUCUAACUUUGGAUGGCAGCAUAUCGUCUGCCUGGAGAAUAAGAUUCUUCUCUGUGGGUUCAGUGGAUUCAAAGAACUCGCUAUCGGCAUGGAUCUUUCUGGUUGGCUUCUCAAAUACAGAGAAAUCGCAAAGUCAUUCCACAGAGUCGAGGUGCAUCGCGGAGAUUCCACCUCCUUCUGGUGCGAUGAUUCGUGUGCUCCCGGGCGUCUGAUUGAGUUAACUGGACCACAAGGAUAUAUUGAUCUUGGUAUUCCAGCCCAAGCGACAGUUCGACAAGCCCUGGUCCGUAGGAGGAGACGCCAUCGACUUGCCAUCCUCAACCAGACAGAAGCUGAACUAGAUGCUCUGAGAUCGCGAAGGCGAGAUGAUACAGCUGAUGUAGCACUCUGGCUCAACUCGGGUAAUGUCUAUAAAACAAGUUUUGUGACAAAAUGGACUUGGCAACUUAUCCGAGAGGUUAAUCCUAUUCAAGAAUGGCAUAGAGGUGUAUGGUUCCCAAACGCUACACCUAAGUACUCUUUUUUCACCUGGCUUGCCCUGUUAAACCGGCUAUCUAUGGGGCAUAGGAUGCAGAAGUGGAAUGUCAGAGCAAGAAGCGAAUGUUUCCUCUGCGACAAUCAGACUGAAACUCGGGAUCACCUCUUUUUUUCCUGUAGUUACUCAUCGGCUAUUUGGAGGACUCUCACUUCUAAGCUUCUCGGUGCAAACUAUACCAGCUCUUGGAAUAAUGUUGUUUCUCUUCUCAAAGACGCAGGACAGGGACGAGUGCAAACUUUUCUCAUAUGGUACGUGUGCCAAUCUACUAUUCACCAUCUCUGGAGAGAACGAAACAGACGCAAACAUGGUGAACCUGAUCUUCCUCAAGAGAAGAUAGUCAGAAUCAUUGAUAAAAAUGUCCGGAAUCAAAUCAGCUCUAUACGGCUAAAAGGAGAUCAAAGAUACAACGAGGGGCUUACCAUUUAG